AAGCAAAUGAAUUAGUGCUCUUCAUAAUCAUUUGCUAUGCAAUUAGGUAUGAAAGCUGUUUGCCUUUUUCAUGCUGCUCUCGGAUUAUUAACGUUGUCAUGUUUAGCAGAGGCCAAGAAAGCAAAAGAUGCCGAAUGUCCACCCUAUCCUUAUAUUUCCCUGGAACAUGGGAAUAUUACAAACAUAGGAAGGCAAAAAUUCACGUUCCAGUGCGAUCAGGGAUAUUUUCUCGCUUCGGAAAGAAUAGUUCGAUGCUGGAAGGGAAAGUGGAGCGAUACUAAGAAGCCCGUCUGCCUCCCGAGAGAAGAUACUUGCAGUGAACCACCGCCUGUACCCCACUCCGAAAUGCACGGAAACUACCGAUCCGUAGGGUCGUCGGUGCUGUACAUGUGCCACACCGGCUACACUUUACUCGGAGAUAGUACUAGGACGUGCCUGGACGGAAGACGAUGGACUGGUCUUACGCCUAUUUGUGUGGAAGAAUCUGAGCCGUUAUCCAGCAUUGCGGAUCGCAUGAAAAAUGAUUUCAUAACAGAAAUGGGAAACUACUCGUCGGAUAGUGUUGCUUCGCAAGGUAGGCUGCUUGACACUUCAUCGAUAAAGGAGGGUCUAGAGCUCGUGAUUUUGUUCGAUCGUUCCAGCAGCAUUGACCCAAAGGAUUUCAGAAUUGGGAAAAAGUUCGUCAAGUUUUUACUGAACCAGUUUGGAGUCCGGAAUGGCGAAAAUCCAACUGGCACACGCGCCGCAGUACUGACAUUCGGAACCAAGUCUGACAUUAUCUUUAAUGUCGAUGAGGUCUUGAUAAGUGGACCGCAAGCUGCGAACAUGGCUAUAGAUAAAAUAGAGCCGAAUGGAGGUGGCACCAAUAUGGUAGAUGCUUUGACUUCAGCCUACGCAGACGUGGGCCCUAAACUACGUAAGAAAGCUAAGAAAGCCAUCUUUUUGGUAACGGACGGCGAGCCAACCAUCACAGACAUCACGCCGGAGGACGUCGCCAGAUCUCUCAAAGACAAUGGUGGUUUCGAGAUCUUUACUGUUGGAAUUGGAAAGGGCAUCAAUCGCAAAUUGUUAUCAGACUUGGCGUCCGAGCCAUUGAGAAGCCAUGUCUUCAUUCUGGAUAAGUAUGGAGAUUUAGACAACAUAAUGAAAAUUAUCAAAGCACGUCCACCCGAAGUCCCCGCUGUUGGUCCCGGUAGAUGUGGUUACGUAAAACGCAAAAGCAAUUACCUGCUCAAGUGGUCGUGGUUGGCAGCUAUUUAUGUAGACUUUGGUGACGAUUUGCGGUUCUGCAGCGGUGUCCUCAUUUGCAGCGAUUGGGUUAUGACAGCAGCAUCUUGCUUUGUACGGAAAAUCAACAAUACUCGAGAGUUAAUUCCAAUGGAUGAAAUGUCAGUUUUUGUGACAUUGGGAGAACAGAAACUGGUUAAUGAAGAUAGCAGUCAGCUGAACUUCUACACGACUGAAAUGAAAAUCCAUCCGCUCUUCAACCCAGAACAAGAUCUGCAGCACAAUUUGGCUCUUCUAAAGUUAAAUACUCCUGCUCCUAUGGGAAGAUUCCGUCCGGCAUGCUUGCCACCUUCAGAUAACGUCAUGAAAUUACACCUCAUUCUUAGCAUCAAUGCUUCCAUCGCUGGAUGGGGAUUACCGCCUCAAAAGCAUGUUCCGGCUGAAGACUUGAACGGAGGAACAGUAAGGCAGGAUCUGUCAACCAUUCGAGUGGAAGUGGCUGAAAAAGGAGAAUGUCGUAGAAUCGCUGGAUGGAAAGAAAAUAUAUUUUGUGCUGGACUCGGGGAGGAUACUUGUAUUGGAGAUUUGGGUUCACCAGUUGUGGCUGCCGAACCUGGAACAGGACUUCAUCGCGUUUUGGGGAUUCUCAGUGGAAAAUCUGCCUGUCUGAAGGGCUUGAAUCAAUAUGCAGAGCUAACUAAGUAUAUUGAAUGGAUAAAUGAGGAAACAAAUCAGUGUAGUCUUUCACACUGGAUGGCAUGACAUACGUAACGAAAUAAAUGAAUGACAA